AUGCAUUGCAACGGACCUAAAGAUUAUUAUGUGUUUUCUCUUGCAGUGGAUCCUCCUGAGAACCUUGUGAUAUCAGACCUUGGUCAUCUUGGACAUCUCCAGAUUACAUGGAGCCCCCCAGCCACUUUGAUGAAUAUGACGGAGUGCUCAAAACUAUAUCAACUGGAGUACUUCAACGCAUACAAGAACAGCUGGACUGCUGUCAGGAUGGUUAUGACGGAUUACAGUGCCCAGUUUGAUCUGAUGAAAGAUGUGAGAGUGAGAGUGUACACCUUGCUGAGCGGACCCUGCACCAACGGCACUAUGAUCAAGAGCACGAGCUACGCUGAACUGGUCCAGAAACCUGCCAGCAAAGGUGUUGUGGAGACUGCAGUCAAGGACUUUGUCUGUGUGUACCAUAACAGGAAGUACCUGGAGUGCAAUUGGGAAAGAAACCCAAACUUGCCGGCAAACUCAAAGCAAAAUCUAUAUUUCUGGCACAAGAGGCUUGAACAGGCAGAAGAAUGCCCGGAAUAUCUAAUCUCGAGUGGAACCAGGAGGGGCUGCAAUUUCACAGCAAAAUCCCCCCCAGAAUUCACUGAUAUCAACUUCUGUGUAAAUGGCUCCUCUCCUGAAGGCCCCCUGGAAACUACAUUCAUCUCCUUGCAAAUCCAAAACCAAGUGAAGCCUGAAACCACAGCUAAGGUACAUCUGCAAACAGGUACAGAUGUGCAGCUGAAACUCCAGUGGGAAGGUCCAGUUGGGAGCAUUCCUGGACACUGCCUAGAAUGGGAGGUGGAACACAAUCAAGAGGGACCUGUUGGGAAAAUUGCUUCGCAGGUUAUUUCAACCAAUCAGAUGAGCCUAACUCUGUCCACCAACCAUGACAAUCAGAGAAACUGCUUCAGGGUUCGGUCCAAGUUGAACAAGUACUGUGCAGACAAGGGCUUUUGGAGCGAGUGGAGUCAUCCGACAUGCAACCCAAGUAAUGAUAAAGAAGCUGCAACUGAACCAGGAUGGGACAUGGUACCUAUCUAUGUAUAUAUCGCCGUUGCCAUCAUCGCCAUACUGGUGCUGUCGCUGUGUGUGGGGGCAGUGAGGACCUCGAGACGAGUGAAGAAGCCGAACGACUCUCUGCUCAGAAAUUCUGUUCUCACAGCGACGGAGGCCUAAAAAGACAAGAAAACACCUCUGUCUGAUGCUUUAUUGUAGAAUUCAACCUCUCUCAUUUUUCAGGGUCCCUGAUUUAAAAUCACACAAUGAAGCUUUUAAAGAUGCCUCACAGUCAUCACCUGAGAUUGUAAGCCCUGAGGAUAU